AUGGGUGGCGGCACUUUCGAUGUCUCGCUAUUGACCAUCGAGGAUGGAAUUUUCGAGGUGAAGGCCACUGCCGGCGACACCCACUUGGGCGGUGAGGACUUCGACAAUCGCGUAGUGGACUUCUGCAUCCAGGACUUCAAGCGCAAGAACCGCGGCAAGGACAUGGCUGGCAACCAGCGCGCCAUCCGACGUCUGCGGACGCAGUGCGAGCGGGCCAAGCGCACGCUGUCUUCCUCCACGCAGGCCACCAUCGAGAUCGACUCGCUCUUUGAAGGCAUCGACUACUCCUGCUCUUUGUCCCGUGCUCGUUUCGAGGAGUUGUGCAUGGACUACUUCCGCAACUCCAUGGGUCCGGUGGAGAAGUGCCUGAAGGAUUCUGGCAUCGACAAGAAGAGUGUGCAUGAUGUGGUGCUGGUCGGUGGCUCCACGCGCAUCCCCAAGGUGCAGUCCAUGAUUCAGGAGUUCUUCAACGGCAAGGAGCCGAACAGGUCCAUCAACCCUGAUGAGGCAGUGGCCUACGGUGCCGCAGUGCAGGCUGCCAUUCUGACGGGCGAGGGUUCGUCCCAGGUGCAGGACCUUCUGCUUUUGGAUGUGACGCCUUUGUCCAUGGGUCUGGAGACCGCCGGUGGCGUCAUGACCAAGCUCAUCGAGCGAAACACAACAAUUCCAACGAAAAAGGCACAGACCUUCACCACCUAUGCCGACAACCAGCCGGGUGUGUUGAUCCAGGUCUUCGAGGGCGAGCGUGCCAUGACGAAAGACAACAACUUGCUCGGCAAGUUCCACUUGGACGGCAUUCCGCCCGCCCCGCGUGGCGUGCCACAGAUCGAGGUGACCUACGACAUCGAUGCCAACGGCAUUCUGAACGUGAGCGCCUCGGACAAGUCCACCGGCAAGUCCAAUCAGAUUACCAUCACCAACGAGAAGGGUCGCCUGUCGCAGUCCGAGAUCGACCGCAUGGUGCAGGAAGCAGAGAAGUUCCGUGCCGAAGACGAGGCGAACAAGCUGAAAAUCGAGGCGAAGAACGGCCUGGAGAACUACUGCUUCACCAUGCGCAACACCUUGAACGAGGAGAA